AUGCAGUGGGGGCCGCCGGGGUGGCGAGGGCCGUGGGAGACCUUGGGGAUGAAGUGGUGGCAGGUGGUGGGCAGGAGUGGAGAGGAGGGCUCAGACAUCCGGCAGGCGGAGGAGGACAAGGGCAACUUGCAGGGUAGCCCACAGCUUGUGGUGGAUGUCCCCAACUUCCUCAUGGCGGGCUUCUGCUUCAUAUUCCUGGACCUGGUCCACUUGCUCCUGCGAUUCAUCUACUACAAUGACUUCCUUGUGUGGUACCAUGGCGGCCGCGUGCCAGUGAGGCGGCAGCCUCACUCUCUUGAAGGCUCUGGUGAGCUCCCAGCACCCCUGGUGUCUCAGGUGCUGCAACAGCACAUUGCGGCCUUUCAGCCCACAGAGGAGUCUGAGAAUAAGGAGGAGACUGAGGAGGAGGAGGAGGUGGCCACCUUGGAGACAGCUGCGGAGCCAACGGAGGAGCCCGAGGGGGCAGCAGCUGGGGAGUCCUCGGCUGGGGCCACAGGCCUGGAGGGUGAGGAAGGCGCUGGGCAAGGGUGGUCCAUGCACCUAGGGCGGGUGCUGGGGGAGGCAGGCGGGGAGGUGGCCUCUCGGCAGGCCCGGGGUGGCGGCGCCCGCCCGGGGAUGAAGCCUGGGUCGGGGCCCUGA